CAUUCCGUAGUUUUCCUUUUGAUCCCGGAAGAGUUAUUGUUUAUAGAAAUGCAGGCAGAUUUGAGGCAAAUGGUCUUCUCUUUUCAUCGUCGAACGAUAUAUCUCCGUCAUAUUCGCCUUUCCCCGUGGUCUAAAAUGUUUUAAUUAUUUAUUUAUUCGUUCUGACAUCUUCGCUUUCUAACAUCGCCGAGGCGCACAAUCUAAUGUAAUAACUCGAUUAGCUUAGCAACUUAGCUACAGGGGUUGUGGUGGUUCGGUAACACACCGAUGAACGGGUCCUUUCUGGACGGGAAGUGCAUCUAAAUCCAGCCAGAAAGUAAGUCAUUUGAAAUCCGUGAACGCCCAGCAACCCUUCUUUGUCUCAAACUGAAAGCUAUUGAGUGUUUCGUGUAAAAACCGGGCUAAACUCGGGCAUCCAAAACUACAAAGAACUACAAACCACAAAGAACUACAAAGAUGUCCGAGGCGAUCGUCACGUUCCAGUCCCAGCUCUCGGGCGUGAUGGAGACGGUCUUCAAGGCUGCCAUGUACGAGAUCACCCGUCUGGUGGAGGACAGCUUCCUUGAGGAGGUUACCCGCAGCCGGGAGCAGGUGGAGUCCCUGAAGCGGCGGCUGAAGUGGUCCGAGGGGCGGCGGAAAGAGAGGGACCGGGACGGGGGACGGUGUGUGGACUGUGGGCGAGUGGGGGAGUCCAGCGACGCCGAUGGAGGUGAGGCCAGAUCCUCCUCAGCCGUUAAGACAGAAAAAAGUCAGAAAUUGGACAAAGCGUCGAAAGAGGAGAUUCAUGGUUGCCGUGCCAACGGGGAAGAGAGAUCCAUGCAGAGAUCCAAGCACGACAAAUCAGACACCAGUGUAUCACCAAAGUCCACAAACACCAGCAGAGAACAUCUGGAUCGCAUGCCCAAAGAAGAAGCCCUCUGCAUCACUCCCACCCCGGACACCAGCGAGCUCACAGAGAGAUGGGGAAUCAACUUAAAUGGCACCGAGGGGGCCGCCUUUACAAGUCCCUCUAAAAACAUCAGUGACACAGCCAUCCAACGCUGCCAGAAGGACUGGGAGCCUGGCCUGAGCCAGAGGCAGGAACAAAGUCCCGACACCCACUCACCGGGCCCGGCCGGACCCCUUUACCAGAACACCUACGGCAUGGAAGACCUCGGCGGCUUUGAAAGGACCGAGUGUGCCAGUGGCAAUGUGCUAGACAUCGGUGGCAUGGACGGUUCCAACGAGUCCCCGCCCAGCCGCGUAGGUGAGGACCUGAGUUACAUCGGCCAUUAUGAGGACGACAUGGGGGCCUUCGAGAGGACGGAGCCUCAUCAGUCCUACCCACUCAGCCACCCUCAGAGUAGUAGUAGCAGAAGAGGUGUGAUGUGCUCACCCACCGAGUCCCCCUCAGGGGCCAAUAUAGAGGUGAGCGGAGGGUUCAGUUGUCUGCUGAUUAACGAAGAGGGCUACCUUCAGGACCAGAGUGCCCUGUACCCAGAGCACACGCCCGGUGCUUCAGGCAGUCGACUGGGCUUCCGGGGGCAAGACGCACAACACAACGGCGAAUCGUCGUUGCAGCAGGGCCGUGCAGAGGAUCUUUACGGGCCCUCUGAGUCCUUCAUCCAAAGUCUAAAUAUGGGAGAGAGGGUGCAAGUUCAGGUGGGAGGACGGGGAGGGAGGAAGCACAAUUGUAAUCAGUGCUCCAUGUCCUUCCCCGACUCCUCUUCUCUGAAGGCCCAUAAGCAGCAGACGCACAGCGUGGGCCAACGACCCCCGUACUCAUGCAAUCAGUGUGGAAAGACCUUCACCCAAGCCCAUAGCUUUAAAGUCCACCAGAGGAUCCACUCUGAGCAAGGGCUGCACCUCUGUAACCACUGUGGCAAGGGCUUCCCCGGCAUCGCUGACCUGAAGUCACACAAGUGCAACCAAACUGGUGACAAGCCAUAUUGUUGUACUGUAUGCGGGAACAAGUUUAGCCGCCUGUGGAAUCUCAAGUUACACAGACGCAUUCACACGCAGGAGAAACCUCACCGGUGUAGCAUGUGCGAUAAGAGCUUCACGCGGGCAGACAUUUUGAAGGUCCACCAACGUACCCACACGGGGGAGAGACCGUAUUGCUGCGCUCUGUGUGGCCUCAGCUUCAAACGCCUGGACCACCUCAAGUCGCAUCAGCGCAAACACAAGUCCGAUUCAUAUAAAGAGACAUAUAUAGUCAUAUUGCAGUUUUUAAGAACUUCCGGGCAUCAUCAUAUUGGUUUAAACCCAAACAUCUACCACAGUUUAAGGAUUAGGGGGGGAACCAUCUCCAUCAUGUCAGACAUGGACACCCUGAUCGCCGGGUUCCAGACUCAGCUGUCUGAUGUCAUGGAGACCAUCCUGAAGACGGCGAUGUUCGAGGUGACCAGGCUGGUGGAGGACGGGCUGUUCGAGCAGCUGAAGAGCAGGUGUCACGAGGUGGAGUCUCUGAAGGUGCAGCUGCAGCUGACAGAGAGCAGACUGGGCGAUGGGGACUUUAUGAUGAGGACCAGUGAUGAAUGCCAUUUUAACCGUGGAGAUGAUCCUUUUAGUUCAUCCCCAUAUGGGGCUGAAGAUGGGCUUGAAACACUGAAUUCCGGUUCAGGUGUCACAGAAGAGUGUCGAUUGAAACAGGAGAUAAUCUUUAUGGACCAUCAUGUAAAAGGCUGUGGACAGAAAGUUCUGACAAACGCGAGGACGGCACAGGUGUCUGAAAAGCUCCCCAACAGUCUCAACGGUUUGAGUCAUUCACAGGAAUCCAGUGAGAAGUCUGAUGUGGUUGUGAAGGUGGAGAAUGAGGCCCAGCUGCCUUGUUCAGUCGAGCACCAAGAAGUCCUGGGGGUUUUAAACGACGGUGUAAGUGGAUCUACAUUUCACAGCCUUGAUGAAAUGUCAGAUUUACAAUCUGCACAGACAGCGAGAAGCUCUAAAGAGUCACCAGGGACCGGCAGACAGAACGGGCUCUCUUCUACAAACACCUUCCCUGAGGACCAAGAAGACUUUGUUUUGCCCUUGGACAUGGACUCCGAACAAGGGGGAUUGUCUCUCUUGCAUAACCACAUACUAAAUACUGCCAACGACUCUGACGCAGCCCUUCCAAGCGAUUCCCUAAAACGAAUGGACCAUGAACUGAUGCAGCCCGUUUCGUCUGAGGCAAGACUACAAAUGAGCCAAGCGGGAGAUGUGGUUAUCAAGCAGGAGAUUGUUUUAGAUUCGGACGAGGAAGAGGAGGAGGCGCGGCUGGGCAAACAGGCAACAGACUCGGCCAUCGCGUUCCCCUCGUGUCAGUUGAAGAACCACAAGGUGAGAUUGAACGUUCCCGGCCACGGCUACAUCUCCCAUCGGGCCAAAGUGCAGGAAGCCGCCAAGCGGCAUUUCAAAAUGGGCACGAGUCUCGCGCUGAAGGCCGCCGUCCGACCCUACCGACCGAUCAGGAGGACCCAUCUCACCGUCUCCUCCGGUGCAAUCACGGGCCAUUCUCUCGCCGCGAGCGCCGGCAUCCACCACAAAACCCCGUCCUCGUUCAGGUCGGCUCCGUCUCCACACUCGGCACAGGCGGCCGCCCUCGGCGGCAAACAAUUCACGGCCGACGCCCAAAAUUGCCUGCCCACGGCGGGCGGCAAAGCCCAGUACCAAGCCCCCGGCUCCCAGCACGCCGGCCUGCUCUCGGGCCUCGGCUCGGUCCCUCAGGGCCCCAGGCAUCGCUGCGGCCAGUGCGGCCGGUGCUUCGCCGACUCGAGCAACCUGAGGGCCCACCUGCAGACGCACACGGGGGAGCGGCCCUUCAGCUGCUCGCUGUGCGGCCGCAGCUUCACCAAGCUGAGCAACCUGAAGGCGCACCGGCGCGUGCACACCGGGGAGAGGCCCUACUGCUGCAUGGCCUGUGGGAAGGGCUUCACGCAGAAGUGCAACCUGAAACGCCACCAGAGGAUCCACCUCAAUGUCUGAUUCCGUCCAGUGACUGGGGGGGGUGGGGUGAGAGUGUAUGAAAGGGAGAGUGUAAGCGAGGGAGUGAGUGUGAGAGAGAGUGUGAGAGAGCGCAAGAGAGUGUGAGUUUGUGCGAGAGCGAGAGUGUAAGAAAGAGUUCAUGAGUGUGUGAGAGAGAGAGUGUGUGAGAGAGAGAGAGCGAGUGAAUGUUUUGAAUUUUAAAGCAGGCCAAAAUUACAAGGGUAUUACCUUUUUUAUUAUAUUUCUCAUCUGGUGCAGAUCCACUUUCAUAAUUCACUGAUUAAUGCGUGUAAAUGAUUUGUGGAUGUGCAUACAAAUGUCUAUGUUAGGGCUCCAUGGUCUAUUGGAGUACAACUAGUACGUUUCACAAAGUCAUAUGGAAAUGCAGCAUUAAACACUGUAGAGCCAAACCCAUGGGUUUUACACGUUCUCACCGUGGUUUGUUGACUGUGACUGUUCCAACUUUAGAGAUGGGAAGUCUCUUUGGGGGAGACAUGGGUUCAGUAUAAAUCAUGUCUGGAGCAGUUCAAGACCGGUACGAUGUAUAUUAUACAUGUAUAUGCAGGCCACAUCAUUUUUUCAUGAUAAAACGCUCAAACCCCUUUUAAAAAAAAAAAAACGUGAACAUUUAUUAUGGAGUAAAUAUGUAUUUUUUAUAGAUUUAAUUUCUUAUUAAUUAGGUUUUCAUUUAGCGCAAACUUCUCGUGACAUUUUUAAACUGCGUUGUGGGGCGCUUUAUUUUUUUGUGUCCAAACCCCAAAACUUGUAGUCCUCCGUCCUUUAGCAGUGUUGCUGAAUAACAGGAAAGAGUUUUCAUAUUAAAUAUCACUUCCAGUUAUAAUCUCUUACACCCCUCUAUCAUAGCAGUGCAUGUGAGAGAGUCAAAACUGGUUUGUGUGUGUGAUGAGAAAACUGCUCCUCAAGUUUGAUAAUAUAUUUUGAUGAAAACCAUACAUUUUAUAAUAAAUAAUGUACUAUAUCCUAUGUGCAGGCCCUGCAGGCUCAGGGAUUCUUGUUUGCUACACAUGGGUCGUGUAAUUUUACAUGAUCCAUCGUCCAGAUGCUUCUGUUACUUGUUUCAUGCAUGAAACAAACAAAGACAAUGUGGAAAAAGACCCAUAUUUUGAAGUUACAUCCUUGCCCUCCCUUGCUUACUCUACUAUAAAAGCUGAUGUGUGUAAUGUG